CUGGGGACUAAUGCAGAUGGCUCGGCAAUGUCGGAGAAACGCCCGCACGAAGAUCCCGACCAUGUUGCUGGACCGCAGGCCCAAGUCCCUCGUGUAGCCAAGGUCAGAGCUUGCGCGGAAUGCAAAAAACACAAGAUCAAGUGCGAGCAAGUCCCGGGAGAGCAGAAAUGCUCCAAGUGUCUUCGUGGCAAUCUCGAAUGUGUGCCGCACAAUCCGCUGCAAAGGUUGCAGGAUGAGGAUGCUCAAUGGAAAGAAAAUGCUACAGCCGAAAUCGCGCAGCUCCGAGCAGCUGUACAAGUCCUUCUUCGUCACAGUCAACUCCCUGAUCUAGCGUGCUUACCGGAAAAGAUACCGGCUAGGCAACAAAGUAUAGUGAUCAGUCCUGUAAAUGUCACUGAGAAUGGCAUCAAUACGACCAUGGUGGUCCCGCCCAUGGAUAUGACCCGGGAGAACUCGGUCGACCCUAGUUUAGAGGAAGGCCCCGAAUUAUCAGAGCUCGUGCCAGCACCCAUGAGAAGUCUAUACGAUUUGACGCGGAUCCGCAAUUUGCGAAGUAGCAUUCGCUGGAAACCUGAUGCCGAUUUUGCGCAGACUGAUUUCAUCGCGCAAGGUAUCAUUAACCUAGGGGAGGCUGAGGAACUCUUCGCCCGGUUCAUGAAGGACAUUUACCAGCUUCUCUGGGAGGGUAUGCUGGUACCUCAUACGACGCUUGAUGCUCUACGACGCCAUUCGACUUUGCUUACUGCCACUAUCCUCACUGUAGCCUCACUACAUACUUCCGGACGGACAGAUACGAUGCAGAAAUGCUACAACGUUUUCGUCUCGCUGGCAUACAGCACUUGCUUGUCAAGAUUGCAGAAUUUGGACGAUGUACGUGCUUUGUGCCUAGCGGCUUUCUACGUCCCGAACUUAAGCUGGAAACUGUCUGGCCUUGCCGUGAGAAAUGCGGUAGAGAUGAACUUGCACCAGUCAUAUAACAAGUUGUCACGGGGUCAUACGGACCAACGCAACAAUGUCCGUCUGUGGUAUGCACUCUACGUAUGCGAGCAUCAAUUUAGCAUAGCUUACGGGCGGCCACCACUUCUCCAUGAUGACCUGGCAAUCAAAAACAUAGAGCAAUUUCUGAACCACGCUGAGACCACGCCCGGAGACCUGCGAUUACUGGCUCAAGUUGCUCUUUUCCGAGUUCUCACCGACGCUUACAUGGCAUUUGGAAGUGAUCCAGAACAACCCUUGGACGAGCGAGAUUUCCACCAACUACGCAUGUUCAACUUUUCAAUCGAGCAAUGGAGAUUGACAUGGCAGCCCCGUUGUGAAGAUAGCGCCACCAUUGGAUCCUACCCAUCAAAGGCUAUCGUCCUGUAUUACCAUUUCGCCCGCUUUCAACUUAAUUCCCUAGCGCUCCGGGCUCUACCUUCCCCAAGUGCCACAUCUUCCGAAUCGCUUUCCUACGAUCGGAGAGAAGCCGCGAAUAUCGCCAUUUCUGCAGCCACCGCUACGUUGACCCUCAUUUUCGAGGAACCUGAUCUUCGCAAAGCCAUGUUUGGGGUCCCCUUGUUCACGCACACGAUGGUGGCGUUUUGCGCCACGUUCCUACUUAAAAUGGCCAGAACCUGGGGCGUAGUAGCCCAGACCGCGUCACCUGAAUGGACGACAGAGCCGGCCGGUUUAGGACUCAAUUUUAAUAUUGCUCAAGUCCUAUCCCUAUCCCGGCGAUCCGCCAAUCUCUUGUCGAGAAUUUCGGAGAGUCUAAAUGAAAAGCAUCUGAUACGAUAUAUUGUCCGCGGAAUCAAAGAGCUAUUGAAGUUUUUCGAUGCGCCUGAAACGCCCAACAGCAGUACCAACACUGCACAUAUACGGAAUACCGUUCCCGACGCUGCUAGUCAAGCAACGGUGGCUCCGGAUCCCGUGAACAUGAUGAACUCGGAUUUGAGCAAUAUGAAUGGCUUCAACAUGUAUGAUUUGAUCGGCUCUUACGGUUUCGGUUUCGAUGAUGAGCCGUUUGUCGGGCAAGCUGCGCCGUCGAAUGACUUUGACCUUUGGUCCACUUGA